AUGAAUACCGUACAAACAGAAAAUCCUAAGCAGUUUUUAAAUAGACUUAUUAACAAAAAGAUAAGAAUUUUUCUUAAAUGGGGACAAUAUUACGAAGGAGUGCUAAUCGAAUUUGAUAAAUAUUUUAAUUUUGUUCUUUCAGAAUGUAAAGAGUAUGACAAUGAAUUUAUUAAUGAAAUGGGCAGUAUUUUUAUACGAUGUAAUAAUGUUAAAACAGUUCAAGAGAUAUUAGAUUUAUAA